GGGGCUCCUCGCUGCUGCAGGAAAGUAGGUCAUGGCCAAACGUAGCCUUGGCUGCCUUUGUGGAAGUGUGCCUGGGAGAGAGGAGUCAGCUGAGAGAAGAGCUCACACGGUUUGCAUUUGGUUUUUUUUAGCCCUUCCUUGCUGUGGAGCAGCUGGCACUACGUGCUGUGAAAUGCAUCUGCUUUCCAGUAUUUCUGCAUAAAAUAUUUUUAGAAGUGAAUAUGCAGCUCUUAUUUCUGCUUAGGGGAAGUGGCAGAUGCUUGUGGCCUUUCAUUUUCAUUAAGAAUUUAGAAUUUUGAUUAGAUCAAGUGUUUUUAAUAAACACUUUAUUUUCCCUUGCUUUCUUCACUGGAGGGUAGCUGAAACUGGAUGGUAGGUGUGUGUCAGAGAAACUCAGGUUGGAAAUAGUUUUGAACUUGAGCUGUGUAUGCUAUAUUUUUGCUCUCUUAUGCAUUAUUAAGAAAUACAUGAAGACAAGCACUUUAACUCAUUUUGGGAUUCAUUCAUUCCUGCUGUCUCUCCCCGUGAGGGCCGGCGCCGGUUUGUGCAUAACAGUCAUUUCCAUGGCAACAAACUGUGUGAUGGUGCUUGGAAAGCUCUGACUUUUGAUGGAGAAUAAAUAAAAGGAGAUUCACACACACACAGGAUAAUCCUGUUUUCAUGUGAAAUGAAGAACUUGAGAGGAAAAAAAUAAUAUUGCACAUGUUGCCUGUAUCACGUUCUUUCAUCCUUUCCUGUGGAGUGUGUAGGUCUUGCACAACUGGACCUCCUGGCAGUCCUGGGGUGUGGACUCCCUCCUCUGCAGCUGCUCUGUGGGCAGUUGUCAGAUCCUGCAGUUGGUCUUGGGCACUGAGCAGUCCUUUGUAGCAGAUCAUCACCUGUUCUGGGGCUCCAAAGAUUUCCUUUGGCCAAACACUGAUCCCCCUCUUGCCUCGCCACACAGCCGAAGCACAGAGCUGCUCCAAAGGGUGUGAGUGGACAGGCCGAGGUCACUUCUUCAACAUGAGCCUGUUGGGAGGCCAGUCUGCAGCAAUCAGAGUUUACAGUAGUCAUACAGCAUUUCACUACAGAGUUCCCACCCUGGAAGCAGCCUCCAGGCAGUGUGCAGAUCUCAGCUCCUCCUUGACAAUCACCAUUUUUUUAUUUACUGUUGUCGUGUAAGUGCUGGUCUCAGUGGGGAGCAGAUCCAGCACGAGCAGCUGAUGCACCCUGAGUAACUGAUGCUGAAAAAUAGCCUUUUUCCCUAUUAUGGAAAGAUGUGACCUGAAAUGCCAUAUGAUUUCCCUGGGUAUGGAGUCAGAGUCCAAGGGCUUGACAGCACUUCUGAUGAUACAUCCUACGUUGCCGGAUGAAACAGUGCACUGCAGCUUUUGCUGCCCUGGAAGUCUGCAUGGCAGUUUAGUCUGUCUUUUCUGCUAAAUUUCUGUCAAGGUCUAAAACUGAAUCUUCAGUCAUGCUAAACUGUUUCUUAGGGAACUGUUUCCAUUUUUGUUUAAAGAUGAUCUGCUCAUAUGUUUUGGGCAUAGCUCAGGGCUGCCAAGAAGGCAGUUUAAGGACUUUCCUUCAAAUUAUCAGUGUUUCCAGUGGUUGUAUUUCUAAAGAAACUUUUUCUGAAACAUAAGUUUUGGGCUGUUGCACAACAUAUGCGCAGAUGGAUGCUGCUUUGUGUUAAUAGUUAUUUAGGUUGAACAGAUCUGUCCAGGAUCAGAUGUUCAUUUUGGCAACUCUACUGUUCCCCUAGUACUUCUCUGAUAAUUUUGUUCAUGUAACAAGAUAAAUAAAUGAAUAAAGCCCUGCAUUCACUCAGUCAUUUCAGAAGCUGCCAUUGCCUUUGCUGUCCUUCAUACCCUAGUAGUGGGCAGAUAACUGGAGUGUUUUGGGGUUUUUUUUGAGAAUCCACUUAAGGAAAAACAGCACUGGUCUUCCACCACAUAACUAAAUAUAACCUAGCCUUGUCUCUUUUUUCCCUUCCCAUCUUAUUCCUACUAGCCCUCAUUGCUCUUCAUGCUAAUAAAUUAGAGAGAUGGUUACCCUUCUGGCAGCACACGAGCCUGCCAGUUGGUUGAAGCAGUUUGAGAAGUGCCUUCCUCUAAAGGAAGGAGUCCAGCUGUCACGAUGUGUGCACUCGGAGCUAAGAGUAUGGAUUUUGGUUAGGCACAAAGAGCCCACUGACUUAGUUUCAGGUGAUUUUGUUACCACUCUUUGCCACAAUGAUUGGAGCAGCAGUGUUGGCCCCCCUGGCUGGCAGAUCUCCACUCACAGUUGUUUAUAAAGAGCUGUCUGUGGUAUAAAAACCUCCCUAAUCUCUUCAGGUGCAUGUUUUGAGAAGAGAACCGAUUCUUUCUUUUAAAUGCCCUGUGCUGUGUGUGCUUUUAAUGAUCAAUUUGGCAGUGAAAGUGUCUCUGACAGUUUCUGACUGAUACAAUCAAAGGGUUUGUUUUUUACAGGUCUUAGAUCCUGGCUCAGCCUUGAGCUUGCUGGGCUGGACGUUUGUCUCCAGCUGAGUGCCCCAGUGGAGCACUGCCUGAGCAUCCCAGCGGGCUGUGGGAUGCCCUGUGGGAUGCCCUGCCAUGCCAGUGAUGUGCCCAGAUCACAGAGUGACCCAGUGGAAUGACUGGCAUACGUGGGCCUGCCCUGUCAUGCUACUGAAGACUCACUGUUAUUUUGGGUGUGUUUGCAGCUUUCGUGUCUUAGGGGGGGAGCAGCCUGAUCAUCCAGAAAUGUUUGCCAGCUUGAUAGUUCUUCCCUGCCCUGUCAGAAAACCUUUGCAGAGAGAGGGCAGCAGAAAAUGCCACAGAGAUCCUUCAGAUGAAGAAACUAGAUGCCAAAUCACUUAUAAAGCUGAAUUUUGCUAAAAACAGUGAAGGCAAGUACCACUGUCCAGUGCUAUUCACUGUAUUCACCAAUAACUCCCAUAUUGUGGCCAUCAAGACUACUGGAAAUGUAUUUGCCUAUGAGGCAGUCGAGCAGCUGAACAUAAAACCAAAGAGCUACAAGGAUCUCCUGACAGACGAGCCCUUCACUCGGCAGGACAUCGUGACACUGCAGGAUCCAACAAACCUGGAUAAGUUCAAUGUCUCAAACUUCUUUCACGUUAAGAACAACAUAAAAGUAGUUGAUCCAGAUGAAGAAAAAGCAAAAUUGGAUCCAUCUUACUAUUUGAAAAAUACAAACACAGAGACCCGAGAGACUUUACUGGAGCUUUAUAAGGAAUUCAAAGGCGAUGAUAUUUUAGCAGCUACUAUGAAGGCUCCUGAAAAGAAGAAAGUGGAUAAGCUGAAUGCAGCUCACUAUUCCACUGGAGCUGUAAGUGCUUCCUUCACCUCCACUGCAAUGGUGCCUGAAACUACUCACGAAGCAGCUGCUAUUGAAGAUGAUGUUGUGAGGUACCAGUAUGUGAAGAAGAAGGGAUAUGUGCGACUUCACACGAAUAAAGGAGACCUAAACCUGGAGCUGCACUGUGACAUGACACCCCGAACAUGUGAAAAUUUUAUCAAAUUGUGCAAGAAGAACUAUUAUGAUGGGACAAUUUUUCACCGAUCAAUUCGGAAUUUUGUGAUCCAAGGAGGUGAUCCUACUGGGACAGGAACAGGAGGAGAAUCUUACUGGGGAAAACCUUUCAAAGAUGAAUUCAAGCCCAAUUUGUCCCACACAGGACGUGGUGUUCUUAGUAUGGCAAAUUCAGGACCCAACACAAACAAAUCACAGUUCUUCAUCACAUUCCGCUCUUGUGCGUAUCUGGACAAGAAGCACACAGUUUUUGGAAGGGUGGUUGGUGGCUUUGAGACUCUGACUGCUAUGGAGAAUGUGGAAAGUGACCCAAAAACAGACCGUCCCAAGGAGGAAAUACGAAUUCAGACGACGACGGUGUUUGUUGAUCCCUAUGAAGAGGCUGAUGCGCAGGUCACUGCUGAAAGAGAGAAGUUCCAGCAGGAAGAAGAAGCAGCCAAAACAAAAACUGAGGUGGUCCCACCACAGAAGGAGGUCCAGGCUCCUAAAACUUACCGGCAGGGGAUUGGAAAAUACAUCAACAUGGCUGCAGCGAAGCGCAGCGCAGAGGAGGACGGGCCCUCGACCAGCACAGCUGCGAAGAAAGAGAAAAAGAGCUCAGGCUUUGGGGACUUCAGCUCCUGGUAGCAGCACGGGGAGCCCAGCACUGGGGCAGCACAGCAACAACAGAAAAGGCGCCUCCCACGUGUCCCCAGAGAGCCUGAAAGACAGUCUGUCCUGGGGAGGGAAGGCACUGGCCUGCCCUUCCCCUGGGAAAGAGAACUGCUGCUUUGUUGAGGCCGGUUAAUGUGGCUUUGUUUUCUAGAGAGCUCGUCCCCCCACGCUGCAUCUUCCUCGAAGGCCGUUGUGGUGUUGUUUUGCGAAGCAGGGGCAGGCAGCCCAGCUCCCCAGGGCUCAGCUGGAGCCUUUCUCUGCGUGGCUGGCAGCGGCCCAGGCAGAGCCCAGCCCCACAGGACGCUGCAGGGAGCAGGACGGGGUGAAAGAGCUCCUUUCACAGGUAAUGGUCCCCAGACCGGCCCGUGUGCCAAGCGAAGGAAUGAGUGAAUGUGCUGGGAAGUGCCUGUGCUGCUGCAGGGCUCUGUGCAGGGGCCCCAGCCUGUCCUGCCCUUCCCUUCCAGCUGCCUCUUGCUGCUUCUCAACAAGGACCAAUUUUGUCUCUUGCUCUUUGUGGGCCUGCUGGGAUGGUGUUGGUCUCCGAAAGGCCUCGCUCGCUCCACAACGAGCCCUCUCUGAACCUGUUAAAGUGUCAACAGCCUGGGGGAAGCUGCAAAUGUAGAUGGGGAUCCUGGGGUAGCUGCACCACUUGUUGCUCCCAGUGGCUGCCCUUCCCUGAGCCACUGGACAGCCAGAGGGGCCAGGAUGCACCAGCUGACACCUGCCCUCAGGUCCCAGAAACUGCAGCCUGGAGCAACUGAGCAGGAACAGAAAGAACCGUCCCUAAGGCUGCUCCUUGCAGGGGAACACAGCCCGUGUCUGCCCUGACAUCAGGCUUCCCAUCACUAGGAAAAACCAUAUAAUAGAGCUGGCAGGCAUCUCGGAUAUUUCCGUUGCAUGCCCACAAAUUAUUAGGAAUCUUAAAAAGCCUUAUGGAGUAAAGGGAUAUCAGCCUGUGAAGUUUUAGUCCUGUGUGUUACCUUUGCUUAGACGUUGCAGGCUCUGUCCUGAAUGUUACUUUGGAGUUCAUCUUAGGUGUUUUCAGGUGAGAGAAAUGCCCUUCCUACCUCCUGUGUGACUGAGGAGAAAGUUUUGUAAUCCCCUUUGGAACAAUACAUUUGUAUCGGUGGUUUCAUGUUUUAAGAGAAGACUCCACUUAUAUGAAAUUGCUGUAAAAACUUUUGGUAAAAUAUUUUGCAUUAAAUGCUUUUAUUUUCUUUUGA